AUGAUGGUGACGGAGGGCAACGACAGCUGCGCCAGCGGAGUGCAGCACCAUACCACCUCCUCCUCUUCCUCGCCCGCGCAUACUCGUCAGCAGCGUCACAAGGUCGAAGUCUACAAUGAGAUUCUUCGCCGCUUGAAAGAUUCCGGCGACGAAGAGGCUAUGCAACCUAGCUUCAACGAUCAGCUUUGGGCGCACUUUAAUCGCCUCCCUACACGGUACGCGCUGGAUGUGAAUGUGGAAAGGGCAGCUGAUGUUCUUAUGCACAAGAGAUUAUUGCAGUUGGCGCAUGAUCCUGCUAAUAGGCCUUCAAUUGAAGUUCGAUUAGUUCAGGUUCAUCCCAUAUCUGAUGGAAACUCAGCGGACACUUUUGAAUCAGAUGAUCCGGGGACAGAAUCUGGUCAAAGUUCUUCAAAGUACUCAAGCAGGCAGAGUAUACACCCCCCUCCUGCUUUUGGUUCUUCCCCCAAUCUUGAAGCAUUGGCUCUUGAAGCAAAUAGUUCCGAAGACAUAGAAGAGGAACAAUCUGUACAUGCCAAUGUCCAAUAUUUGCGGCCCAUGCAUGAAAUCACCAUCUCAACAGAUGACAAGCCAAAGCUUCUUAGCCAGUUAACUGCUUUGCUUGCUGAGAUUGGACUGAACAUCCAAGAAGCACAUGCCUUUUCCACCACUGAUGGUUUCUCAUUAGAUGUGUUUGUUGUUGAAGGAUGGCCCUAUGAGGAAACAGAAAAGCUUAAAGCAGCUUUGGAAAGAGAAGUCUUGAAGAAGAUUGAGGUGAGGUCCAGUCCACAAUCUGUAUCUUCCGUUGAUGAGUCUGAUCAAGCAAAGAUGAAAAGCGAACUGGAUCAUUUGACAAUACCAAAUGAUGGGACUGAUGUUUGGGAAAUAGAUCCUAAACAUUUGAAAUAUGGAACUCAAAUUGCAUCUGGUUCAUAUGGUGAACUAUUUAAAGGUGUAUACUGUAGCCAGGAAGUAGCCAUCAAAGUUCUCAAGCCUGAGCAUGUAAAUUCAGAAUUGCAGAGAGAAUUCGCCCAAGAAGUCUAUAUCAUGAGAAAGGUUCGACACAAGAAUGUUGUACAAUUCAUAGGAGCAUGUACCAAGCCCCCACGUUUAUGCAUAGUAACAGAAUUUAUGUCCGGUGGAAGUGUUUAUGAUUACCUACAUAAGCAAAAGGGCUUUUUUAAAUUUCCUACCCUACUCAAAGUAGCAAUUGAUAUUUCUAAAGGGAUGAAUUACUUGCACCAACAUAACAUAAUCCAUAGAGACUUGAAGGCUGCCAACCUUCUGAUGGACGAAAAUUGUAUAGUAAAGGUUGCUGAUUUUGGGGUUGCUAGAGUUAAAGCUCAAUCCGGCGUUAUGACAGCAGAAACCGGAACAUAUAGAUGGAUGGCUCCUGAGGUUAUAGAACACAAGCCGUAUGAUCACAAGGCUGAUGUAUUUAGUUUUGGUGUUGUUUUAUGGGAGUUGCUUACUGGAAAGCUUCCAUACGAAUAUUUAACCCCCCUACAGGCAGCUAUAGGAGUGGUUCAAAAGGGUUUGCGACCCACCAUCCCCAAGAACACCCAUCCAAAGUUUGUUGACCUUCUUGAGAGGUCCUGGCAGCAAGACCCAACGUUGAGACCCGAUUUCUCUGAAAUUAUCGAGAUCCUUCAGCAGUUAGCAAAGGAGGAAGAGGAUGACGCGCAAGAAAUAUUGAAUGACUUACCGCAUGCUGAGUGCCAAUUACAGUGUACCUACAUCUGCUACAUAGCUCAAAUGAAACAAGAGCUUGCAGGUUUGGUUAAAGCUUAUGCAUUCAUAUUUUACACAGGCAGAGACGGAGAACCAGACUCAGAUGCUUGGAGGGGUCAUGAAAGAUACUGGCAGAAAAGAGAAACAGACAUCAGCGGCGAUAACGACGGCAACACAGGACACCUGGUGGUUUGGUCUGUGAUGACAUUACUUCUCUUGAUGCAAUCUAUAAGAAAAUCCUUUAAAUCUUAUGGUUCCUACAAACAAUCAACAAGUUUUUACGGCGCCGGGAACCCCGACUCCGACCACGAGAAGCUUCCGAUUUUACUCGACCAAGAAGCGCGGCGCCACAGUGAAAUGACCGCCGGCGACUGCGUCGUCAAAAUCGACGAUGCCGCCAACUCAUCGCAGGGUAACAGGAUUUGGCGGGAGUCGAGCUACGAUUUCUUUAAUGGAGAAGGCAACUCCUCCGCCGCUGUUGCCGCCGACGAUAGUUUCGAUUUCCGGCAGACGGAAGAUCCGCCGUCGCAGCUUAUUGGGCGGUUCCUCCACAAGCAGAAGGCCUCCGGUGAAAUGCAGCUGGAUAUGGAUUUGGAAAUGGAGGAGCUCCAGCGCGAUGCCGAAGGCGAAAGGUUAACACCGGUGGCGGAGUCUCCCAUGAACUACCGCAUGUCCAGGGAGCAGAAGGUCUCCUUCGAAGAACCGGCUUCCAGUGUGAGUAUCCCCGAAGCGCAGAACGACGUCUUCAGGAGAAGGUACAACAAGGACUCGCCGUCGUUAGCGGAAUACAACCUCCCUCCGCAGCCGCCGCAGUACGACCGUCGCCGCUCGCCGUCACCGUCGCAGUCGCCUGCCGGAGAUGGUGAAGUCCUUCGGUGCACCUCGAACGCUUCAUUCGAGAGAAACCUCUCCAUGCAGAGAAAAUCGGCGUUGUUGAAGGCGAAAACGAGGUCGAGGUUGCUGGACCCACCAGACGAACCCGACAGGAAAUCGGGUAAGGUUUUGAAAUCGGGUCAGCUCCUUUCGGGGAUUUUAGGAAAGAAGCCUGAUGAGGAGGAGGACGAUCCGUUUCUGGAAGAGGAUCUUCCUGAUGAGUUUAAGAAGACUCAUUUCAGCUUUUGGAUUCUUCUGGAGUGGGUGAGUUUGGUUUUGAUCAUUGGGUUGUUGAUAACCACUCUUUGCAUUCCCUUUCUGAGGGAGAAGGAUAUGUGGCAGCUUAGGUUGUGGAAAUGGGAGGUUAUGGUUCUGGUUUUGAUCUGUGGGAGGUUGGUGUCUGAUUGGGUUAUUAGGAUUGCCGUGUUCUUUAUCGAGAGGAACUUCCUUUUGAGGAAGAGGGUGUUGUAUUUUGUGUACGGUGUGAAGAAGGCGGUUCAGAAUUGUCUUUGGUUGGGGCUCGUGUUGAUUGCGUGGCAUUUGUUGUUUGACAAGAGGGUGCAAAGGGAAACCAAAAGUAAUUUCCUUGGGUAUGUUAAUAAGGUGUUGGUGUGUUUCCUCGUGGGGACUUUGAUGUGGUUGGUGAAGACUCUCAUGGUUAAGGUUUUGGCUUCUUCUUUCCAUGUGAGUACCUACUUUGAUAGGAUUCAGGAGUCACUGUUUAAUCAGUUUGUGAUUGAGACGCUUUCGGGGCCUCCUUUGGUGGAGAUUCAGAAGGCUGAGGAGGAGGAGGAGAAGCUUGCUGAUGAAGUCCAGAAGCUGCAGAAUGCUGGGGUUACCAUACCCCCUGACCUUAGGGACUCUGCUUUUUCUAAUAUUAAGAGUGGGAGGUUGAGGAGUGGAGUGCUCUCCAAGAGCCCUAGAGUUAAGAGUGCCAAGUUUUCGCGGCCUCUUUCUAAGAAGUCUGACGAUGGGAAUGCCAUCACCAUUGAUAACCUGCAUAAGCUCAAUCCCAACAAUGUGUCUGCCUGGAAUAUGAAAAGGUUGAUGAACAUGGUCCGGUAUGGAGCUCUUACUACCUUGGAUGAGCAAAUACUUGAUAGCGCCAAUGAUGAUGAGAAUGCCACGCAAAUUAGAAGUGAAAACGAGGCAAAAGCUGCUGCUAAGAAAAUAUUUCAUAAUGUUGCUAGGCGUGGGUGCAGGUAUAUAUAUCCCGCUGACUUGAUGCGAUUUAUGCAAGAAGAUGAAGCUGCAAAAACCAUGAAUCUCUUUGAAGGAGCAUCUGAUUCUGGGAAAAUUAGCAAAGCAGCCUUGAAGAACUGGGUGGUCAAUGCCUUCAGGGAAAGGAGAGCACUUGCUUUGACACUGAAUGACACCAAAACGGCAGUGAACAAACUUCAUCGAAUGCUCAAUUUUAUGGUUGCAAUUGUUGUACUCAUUAUUUGGCUCUUGAUAUUGGAACUUGCCACCACCAAAUUUCUUGUCUUUCUGAGUUCACAAAUUGUCUUGGUUGCAUUUAUAUUUGGAAACACCUGCAAGACCAUAUUUGAAGCAAUUAUUUUCCUAUUUGUCAUGCACCCUUUUGAUGUGGGAGACCGAUGCGAAAUCGAUGGGGUUCAGAUGGUGGUGGAAGAAAUGAACAUAUUGACAACCAUAUUUUUGAAGUUUGAUAAUCAAAAGAUCAUCAUACCUAACAGUGUCCUUGCUACCAAAGCUAUAUAUAACUAUUACCGGAGUCCUGAUAUGGGAGAUAGUAUCGAAUUCUACGUACACAUAUCCACCCCAAUUGAUAAGAUUUCCCUUAUUAAACACAGAAUACAAAGUUACUGUGAUAACAAGAAGGAGCACUGGUAUCCUUCACCUAUUGUAGUAAUCAGGGAUUAUGAGUCAUUAAACAUGGUGAAAAUGGCUAUCUGGCCAACUCAAAAAAUGAACUUCCAAGACCAGGGAGAAAGGUAUAUAAGGAGAUCCCUUUUGCUUGAAGAGUUGAUCAAGAUUUUCAGGGAACUCGACCUUAAUUACCGGCUCCUGCCCAUGGACAUUAACGUGAGAGCCAUGCCUACCUCUUCUGAACGGCUUCCACCUAGUUGGGCAUCAAUUCCAAGUUGA